CCUCCUUCGCUUGGGGGCCCCCUUCCCGGCCAGACGGCGGGCUAGACAACUGAGCGUGCAGUGUCCUCGAACUCACAAGCGAGCCCACAGAUCUUCGGAGCUUCUCCCACCCUCCACGAGGGACUCGGAUUCACUCCCCAUGGCGGACUCUGAGCGCUACUCGGCCCCCGGCUGCUGGGCCGCCUGCACCACCUUUGGGCGCAGCCGAAAGGGGCUGCUCCUGCUCUCCGAGAUUGUAGUGUGCCUGGUGAUCCUGAUCUGCUUCAGUGCCUCCACCUCCGCCUACUCCUCCCUGUCUGUGGUGGAGCUGGUCCUGGCCACGGUCUUCUAUGUCAUUUACAUGUGUGACUGGCACACCAAGAUGCACUUCAUCCACUGGCCCUGGAGUGACUUCCUCCGCUCCUUCAUAGCCGCUGUCCUCUACCUGGUCACCUCCAUUGUUGUCCUGGUGGAGCGUGGAAACGGCUCCAGGAUCGCCGCCGGGGUACUUGGUCUAGGUGUUACAUUCCUCUUUGGAUAUGAUGCUUAUUUCACCUUCCCUUUGCGCCAGCAACGACACACAGCGGCACCUACUGACCCUGCAGACGGGCCAGUGUAGGCGAACUCCACAGCCAGCAAAUCACACCUCCGCCUCCUAGCCCUGCCCCACCUCCAAACUCUCUCACUUCCAAGUUCAAGUGCCUCUUCUGGAAAACUUGUCUUCCAGGAUGCCCAGUGUUGCUGCCUUCACGACUAUCUACAUCCCUCUGUCCCUCUCCCCUCCGUAGUAACCAAAUGACGACACCAGCCCUCACUGGGCAGUGUUCUCAUCUUAGUAAAAAAAAAAAACAAAA